CGGCUCCACUCGUCGUCAUCGCGUUUUUUCCAGCGUCCUCCUGCGUCUGCCUGUAUGCGACCGACGGGCUGAUUUCAUAACGCGGGGAGGGAGCGAGGAAUGGGGCUCUGAGAUCGGAUGAACAAGCCAAACCCCAGGCGCAAGCUCGAUCCAUGCACUGACAGCGUCCUCUUCAUCCGCGGGGCCAUGCAGAAGGUGCGCUAGAGGAGAUGCGGUAGUCGGUGGAGGCUGUUGCUGAUGCUGCUGCUGUCCGAUCAGCUGUUUUUCGCGUCUUGAGCAUCAUCCAGAGAGAGAUAGAGAUCGAGCAAGUCCGGAGCCAGGGACACCGCAGACCGGAUCACAGAGGAUGGAGUUCAAGCAUCUGGUGGAGGCGGCGGAGAAGUGGUGCUCCGGGAACCCGUUCGACCUCAUCUUCGCCGAGGAGGACGACGAGAGGCGGCUGGACUUUUACGCAGAGCCCGGCGUCUCCUUCUAUGUGCUGUGUCCCGGCGGCACCGACAGCUUUCACGUGUGGAGCGAGAGCGAGGACUGCCUUCCCUUCCUGCAGCUGGCACAGGACUACAUCUCCUCCUGUGGGAAGAAGACUCUGCUGGAGGUGCUGGAGAAGGUCUUCACGUCCUUCAGGCCUCUGCUGGGCCUUCCAGACAUAGAGGACGACAGUUUUGAGCAUUACCACGCCGACAUGGAGGGGGAACCUGGGCCUGACCACCAGCAGAUGGGGGUCAGCCAGCAGUGAUCGUCCCAGAAACAGAGGCCUGAAGUGGGGCAGAGGUGCUCCAGAGCUCUGGGCUUCCACGCAAAUAUUUAGCCGGAUCACUUAACAAAACACACUCAUACAUCCUUAAAAGUUGACUUGCUAAAAAAGAAAAACAAAAAAAAAAAUAAAACAAAAAAAGGAAAACCGCACCACCAUGUUCUUUGAAUGUCUUAGUGGCUUUGCUUCCCAAAGGGUGCACUCUGUUGCACUUUGUUGACUCCCCUUUCUCUCCAGUCGAAACACACACACACACACACACACACACACACACACACACACACUUUGGGGCUACGUGAGCAGUGGCCAUGUACAAUGCAAGAACCAUAAUCAUUCACCAUCUGGUUAGUUAAAGUUCCACAGCAUAGCAAUAUUAUUACAUAGGCCUCCGCUGGCUUUGUUAUGCAGACAUACAGUCACAAAUUUCCCCCUGCGGAGAUGAAUGUGGCAGAUAGCCUACUUCCUCUGCUCGUCUGUUGACACAGAGGAUGCACGACAGCGAGAUGAAAGGUGGAGGGGUGAAAGCCGACGGUUUGUGGCUACGUGAGGCAACGGGAGUGACGCGGGGCGGCGAGGCAGGAGGGGGAAGGAGGGCACAAGUAAUGUUUCACUUCUUGAAAGGGGAAAGGUGGGCGGAGGACGGAGUGUGUUUCUUCCAAGGCCCGUUUUAAACACUAACGGCAGUCAAAUAGGUGUCAGUCCAAAGCAUCUUACAUAAUGUGGGCAUCAGAGAGCGCAGCUUUAAAGUAGCAUGGAUCUUUCUUUGAUUCUGGAGGUGCGUUUUGCAGUGCAUCUGAAAGAGUUGAAACAAAAAACAAAAAAAGCCCCUCACCCGGGCGUUUAAUCAGUGUUACUAUCAUAUGACCGUCACAACAAGGGCCCAUGCUGCAGCUUCAGCCCUCCUCUUGGUUUGGGUGUCUCAUUGUCACAUGACACCCUAAUUCUUGUAUCCUGUAGUCUUCCUGGAUGUCGCUGGUUCACAAGUUUGCCCUCCUUUCUCAGCACAGUCUGAGGAUCCCUUCUCAAAGCUUGCCAGAUUCCCUCUGACGUGUGUUGCUUUGACUUCAUUUAUCGGUUUCUCCUGAAUUUGCAUCUAAUAAGGACACGCCCACCCCCCUGAGAGGUAUCACAUGGGAGCAGAAUAUAUUAGUUGUAAACGGCUCCCUCUGUCUGCUCUGAUAUUUUGAAUCUCGGUGUGUUGUCACAUCUAGUGCACUGCAAUGCUUUUCAGCCCCCCCCCCUUCCCAUUUUCCUUCAACCCACUAGAGCCACAUGCAAGAUCCCCCCCUCCCUCACCCAAUCUUUAGCCCAUUUACUUUGGCUUGUAAAUGUUCUGUCUUUUUAUUGCCUGUUUGAAUGUUUCCCAUGCGGUGUAUCUUCUGUUCGUCCUCCUGAUUGUGUGUGAACUUGGUCAAUAAACCGUGUGAACAGAA